UGACAAAAUGGAACCCAGCAGCAGUGUGAGGAGACCUGAAAAGUGGCACAUGGCAGAAGUGUGUGGCGUUGGAGACAGCAGCAAUGGGAGGCCGUACAGGGACCCAUGAGACACUGUGGACCUUGCAGCAGCGUGAGGAGGCGGUACAGGGGCCCCCAUGGCAGAUUAGGGGCCUGGCCGCAGCAAUGUGAGGCCCGUAAUCUGCCAGCAUCCUAUGACAAAAAUGGAACCCAGCAGCAGUGUGAGGAGACCUGAAAAGUGGCACAUGGCAGAGUGUGGCGUUGGAGACAGCUGCAAUGGGAGGCCGUACAGGGACCCAUGAGACACUGUGGACCUGGUAGCAGCGUAA